CAGAGAAGAGAUGGAGGAGUUUAUUCACUCUGCUCUGUCACGUCUGGAGGAGGAGCGAGAUGAGAUGAGCCUCCGCUUCGAGGAGGAGAGGAGACUUCAUCACGCCGCACGCCAGCAGAUGACAGCCACGAGCCACGAGCACCAUCCUCAUCCUCAUCCUCAUCCUCACAGCACAGGAGGCUCCGACGGGGUCCCGGUGGAGGUGCACGAGGCUCUGCGGGGGGCCAUGGAGAAACUCCAGGAGCGUUUCACGGCACUCAUGCAGGAGAAGGUGGAUCUGAGGGAGCGGGUGGAGGAGCUGGAGCACCGCUGCAUUCAGCUGUCAGGAGAAACAGACACCAUCGGGGAAUACAUCGCGCUGUAUCAGAACCAGAGAGCCAUCAUGAAACAAAGACACUUUGAGAAGGAGCAGUACAUCAACACGCUGGCCAAAGACAAGGAGGAGAUGAAGGCAAAGCUAGCGGAGCUGCAGGAUCUGGUCAUGCGUCUGGUGGGCGAGCGGAACGAAUGGUACAGCAGAUACAUGAGUGCUGUCGGUAACCCCGGCCUCCCGUCCUCCGGAGGAGAACACCUCCAUCCUGCUGACAGACACACGGACAGUCCUGCCGUUCUGGACCUGAGCACAGCGGAGGACGCGUCGUCUCAGUCCAGCACAGACCCACACACUCCCUCCCAGAGUUCAGAGAGGCCUGGAUCCGCUCCGGACGGCCCGUCCCUGAGACCCACCGAGGACGGCACGGCCCGCCAGAUCAUGCAGCUCCUGCAGGAGAUCCAGAAUCCUCAGGCCAGACCCGCUCCCUUCCUGGGAGAGAACCCCUGCAUCCCGUUCUUCUACCGGCCCGACGAACACGACGAGGUCAAGAUCCUGGUGAUCUGAAAACGUCCAUCUCUCCGGCUCUGUUUGACGAUUCACACACACACACGUAUUAAAUGGGUUUUCCCUCUUAGUUUCUCUGCUUUCUACAGUAAAUAAGAGAAAUCUGAUGCUUUCUGGAGCUCUCUGGCUCUGUUUGGUUUGUGUGUAAACCAGUUAAUCCAUAAGAUUGUCAGUUUUUGCUGCUCUGUGUCUUCUCCCUGACCCAUUUACCCUCUUUCACUUCAUCAAAUAAGUGCAAUAGACAGGUGACAGAUCAGAGAUUCAUAUCAGUAUGAUUCAGAUCCGUGCUGGGUGGGAUAGUGAACUCGCUACAUAAAGAACUCGCACACUAACGAGGGAACAGCGAUGAGUAAUAUUGACAUGAUAAAGCAGGUCUGGACUAAGAUGAUGAAGUGUUUUCUGAGAGAACCCGAUUAUGAAGCGAUUGUUUGUUUGAAAAGCAUGUAGGGCAGAGUUUUGAGAAGGCAGAAACUGAAUCCGAACUAAAACAUAAAUUCAUGAAUCAUUCAGUCCGAACAUGUUCUUCAUGCUUCACGUUGUAGAAACGAGCCGAGAGUGUUCAGUGGACACCGGAAGCUUAAAAACAUGAACCGUUUUUGUUUUUCCAAUUGGGAUUUAUUUAAAGAUGUAUUGAUAAUUUCUUCCCUAGAAACAGGCGAGGCACCUUGUGUUUUUUCCAGACCGAGUGAUGUCGAAGCUUUCGAGGUGUUAGCCAUCGUUUGUGGCUAACUGUAUGACGCUAGCGACCACCAGCCGAGAGUUUCGAGUGUCGUUCGUAUGUAGAGUGAAUGAUAGAGCGUUUAUGAGAGCUGUACAUAUAAUAUAUAUAUAUAUUAGAGAAAACGAUUUGUAAUAAUUCCUCUUACAUGAGCAAAGCUUGAACGGUGAGUUCAUCCAUAAUAAUGCUUUCAACAGCGUCACAGGGGUUUGCAAUCACUUUCUGUGAAGAUAAAGCUCUUCUUCAUGUCUUGUAUGUUUAUGUGAAUAAUUGUAACCGCUGCUACAGGUUUAAAGAGCGUAGUGCAUUGCAUAAAGUUGUUUUAGAUGUAUUAUGCUCUUUAGAAUUGUAUGCAUCGUUAUUUACAAAAACAUUCAGGCAGUUCUGAGUAGAAUGCAUCGUGCAUGGCUCUCUAAUGCAUUAUAUUUACACACAAGCUUCAUAGAAAGUGUCGCUUCAUGUAUUUACAGCUGAACUCAUGUAUGUGGGUAUAACUGGAAGCGUGUCGAUUGAGUUUACAUACAUGUACUCCGAAGCACUUUUGUGAGCGUCGAGCUUCUGCAUCAUUUCUAUCUACAUUCUCCAUGUAUGAAUAUAUUUCCAGUGAUUAUUUUUGGGCGUGGGCUUUAAUCAGAUGUUUUGCAGAAGCUGCAUCGCGAGCUUGUUCAUGUAACAGACGUGUAAAUAGUGUAACUGUGUAUCAUACUGUACAUUGACUGGGGAAGGAUUGUGUUUGUCUGCUGAAGACUCCGAUGAAUCUGGAGCGAAGAGAGGACGGGAUGUGUGUGUGCUUUCAUACUACGGCUGAACUAAAGGAGAAUUCUAUUUAUUUGGGAUAAUUACACACUAAUCUGUUUUAAUUUAGACUGAUGGAACACAAUGAAGGAAUAAUCAGUAGCUCGAGUGAUGAUUUGCCUCCUAAAUAAACCUGAUUGAGCAAAAUGAA